AUGCGGAAGGGUCGACUCGCCCCCAGCCGCCCCAGCCCAUCGGAAGAGCCUUGGCGCGGCCAUAUGGUGUUCAACAUGGCGUUCAGCGAUCUGGUGUGGGUCGGGCUGUUUAUCACCGCCGUUGCCGCCGCCGCCUACCUAUUUCCGCGGACGACCGAGGCGUGGCCAAUCUGGUGGUACUGCUUGGGGACGGCGGCUGCGAUUGCCGUGGUCCGAUGGGUGAUCCGUCCCAUCUACCAGUGGUGGUCACGCUACAGUAUGCGCAGCUACCGUAUGCUAGCGCUGCUGCUCUUCAUCCUCACCAGCCACGCCGUCGUGGGCAAGAAGAGGAGCCCAUUCCCUUCUCCCCUCGCUCAUACGAUCUAUAGCAGCCCGGAGAACCCAACGGAAGAGCCUUGGCGCUGCAACUACAAGCUGGUGCUCGGUGAUCUAUUGUGGGUCUCGCUCUUCAUCACCGCCGUUGCUUCCUACCUAUUUCCAGCGGACGACCGAUGCCUGGCCAAUCUGGUGGUACGGCCUGGUCAUCGUGACCGCGAUUCUCUUGCUCCAAUGGGCGAUUCGUCGCUGUAUCCCAUGGGCAUCCCGCUGCAUCAUUUGGGGGCCAUCGCCGAACGGACGCUGGGCUCCGUGCUUCCUCGCCGGCUGGUUCUCGCCUUGGGAGUACAGGGAGGCUAUCUGACCAACGAGAGGCGCCCAGACAGCUACUGUCGCUUUGUUAAUAAGGAUCGGAACAAGCCCGAGCUCGAGGUGUACACGGAAUGGGCGGACCUGCCGGCCCACGUCGCCGAUCAGCUGUUCAACCAAAGCGUCCGCGAGGGCAAUAUUCUGUGG